AUGAUCACUUCAAAGCAUAGUUUAAAACUCGUAACAUUUACGUAUUGUUGUGGUUGGACCUCUUCAGAUACUCCACGUUUGGUUGAACCUCCUCGCCUUGAACAUUUAGCUGUAGAAGAGGUCUUUCACUUCAAUACAAUGGAAAAUGAAAAUAACUUUGACUCUGGAAAACCAAAAAUUAUGGUUUUCCGCCCAACUUACGAGGAAUUCAAAGACUUUACUAAGUAUGUAGAAUACAUGGAAUCUGUAGGAGCCCAUAAAGCUGGUUUAGCAAAAGUAAUCCCUCCUCCACAAUGGGUUCCAAGAAAAGCAGGAUAUGAAAUUGAUGGUAUUGAUAUAACAAUACCUGCCCCAAUAUGCCAGGUUGUUGAUGGAAAGCCUGGCUUGUACACUCAAAUCAAUGUACAAAAGAAAUCAAUGACUGUAAAGGAAUACCGAGACUUGGCAACUAGUGAACAAUGCGAAAGGGAGCUAAAACCUCACUGUUAUUGGCAGCACCUUCAUGUAUCUGCCUCACAGCAUACUGAUGAGUUAGUGUACAACACUCCAAAUCAUUUCGAUUAUGAUGAUCUAGAACGAAUGUAUUGGAAGAAGAUAAUGUAUGGAUCUCCAAUUUAUGGUGCUGAUGUGUCUGGUAGUCUUACUGAUGAUGAUGUACAUGUAUGGAACAUCAACAGAUUGGGAACCAUCCUGGAUUAUGUUAAUGAAGAUUAUGGUAUUAGUAUUGAUGGAGUUAAUACAGCGUAUUUGUACUUUGGUAUGUGGAAAACUACAUUUGCUUGGCAUACUGAAGAUAUGGACCUCUACAGUAUUAAUUACCUGCAUUUUGGUGCUCCUAAGACAUGGCAAGUUUUUCAAAUGUAUGCAAUUCCAACGGAACAUGGGCGUAGAUUUGAGCGCCUUGCUCAGGGUUUUUUUCCAGAACAAUCCAAAGCCUGCACUGCCUUUUUACGUCAUAAGAUGUCAUUGAUAUCCCCUCAAGUUAUGCGGAAAUACAGCAUUCCCUUCAACAAGAUAACACAAGAAGCUGGUGAAAUAAUGAUAACAUUUCCAUAUGGAUAUCAUGCUGGCUUUAAUCAUGGUUUUAAUUGUGCUGAAUCAACCAAUUUUGCUACACCUCGAUGGGUAGAAUACGGUAAAAGAGCUGUACAGUGCAUUUGCAGAGGAGAUAUGGUGAAGAUAAGCAUGGAUACAUUUGUAAAACGCUUCCAACCUGAUCGUUACAAUUUGUGGUUACAAGGAAAGGAUAUAGGAGCACAUCCAGAGGACUCAUCACGGCAGUAUGCAGCACCAGCUCCUAGUCCUAAGGAUAUUUUAGCAAAUAAAAAUAAUACAGAGCUGCCUCAAUCUCUUUUGGAAAAUCCAAAGAAAAAUCACAAGAGACAUCCAAUACAUAAAAAUAAAGGCACAAAUUUAUCCUUAGUUAAUCCUCAAGAUAUUUUAGCUGAUGAUAUUCCUCCAGAUGUAAUGCGAGUAGUUGAGGAAUUAGAAGCUGAAGACACUGAAGAUGUACCUGAUGAAAACACUCUAGAAGCGCUGGAAGAUAUCUGGAUGAAAGCUGGGGAAAUGGAUGAUGAUGAAAUUGAAACAUAUGGUGCAGAUCUAAAAAAGAAGCGCAAACGGAAAGAAUCUAAGAAGAAAAAGAAGAAAACUGAUGAAAAUGCCUCUUCUGCAGAUCCUGUUGCUUCUAGUAAUGUAGUUGAAGGACCUCAAGAAAAUAAGGAUUCAAACAAGAAAGGCAUGAAAUCAAAAGUGAGUGUUAAGAAAACAAAAAAAUCUUCAAGCAUUGCAGAAGCAAAAGAAACACCACAUAUUGUGAAAACCUGCAAGAAAUGUGGUUUAGAAGUUUCAAAAUGGAAACCAAAAAGUGCAAAUCAAAAUUCACCAAAUGAUACAGCACAACAGUGUAAAUGCAAGAAGCCACGUAAUUGUAAUAAAAAUUUGCCUCAUUGUAAAUUCACUGGGUCUACUGACCACAGUGAUCAAUGUAAAGAUGCUCCUAUGAGUAAAGUAAAUCGUGUGAAAAGUGGUAUUUCAAGUUCUAUGUCACUCUCCACUACAGUUUCAAGUGAGCAGUUGCAGUCGGAUCAUAAAAUAAUUACUACCUUGCCUAAAGCUAGAGUCAAGUUAGCUCCAUGUGUGCGAGUAGGGCGAGAAGAAUAUGCCGAUGUUUCAUACGGCAAAAAGGUAACAAAAGGAAGUGCAUCAUCAUCUAUUGCUGAAGUUGUAGAAAAUAAAGCUUCAGUUGGAGAAGAUUCAAAAGUUAACAUUGCAACUCUGCCAGUAUCAGCAAUAGAUGAAAGCAAGAGUAUAAGGAGUACAAAUGUUGAAAAAACACAUGUUGUGAAGACUGAACUUCCUGUAAAUGAUAGGUUUUCUAGUAAGCAACCCUCUCCUAUACCUACUGAGAACGCUUUAAAUAUAAGGACUAUGCAAAAGAGUAGACCCAUUCCAGCACCUCAAGUAACUUUACAACAUUUAGGCCCGGGCAAAGUAGGCAUAAAAAGUAUGAAUACACCAUUUAUUAACCCUAAAACUUCGAACUGUGCUGCAAAACCUAUCCCACUUUCUCAGUUUAGACGUGAACAGAAUUUGUCAUUUAUUAAAAACAAUAAUUCAACUUCUAAUUCUAAUCAACUUCGUGUGUCGUGGAUUACACAUGCAAAAUCCUCGUCCAAUUUGUCUAGGAAUAGUAAUGCAGAUAAUAGUCCAACAAUAUCUAUUACACCAAAAAGUAAUAAUAGUAGUUUGCUUAAGAAAAGUGGAUUAGAUAUUGCAAAUGCUGUUGGGGGUUUGUUAUGUCUGGGUGACCAACGGACAAGUAACAGCGAGAGACAGAAAAGCAUUGGUACAAAUACAGGACAAAGUGUAAAACAGAAAAAUUUGAGUACUGAAUUAUCAAAAUCUGCAUCUUCUGUGCCAAAAUCUAUUGCCAAUGUGAAUAGCCACAGUAAAUUUGCUCAGACAAUUCAUUCAAACAAUGAGGAACCUGAAACUUGUGAUGUUUUUACUCAGUCAAGCAUGUCUCCUAACAAUAGCAAUUUAUCUUCUAAUGAACAGAUUUGUGAGCGUUUACCUUUAGGAGCAAAUGUAGAAGUAGCUACAUCUGCACGUGAAUUAGUACCUCCAAAGAUCUCUGGAACCUUUUCAGGAAGAAUUCAAUCAAGCAGUUCUUUGUGCAAUGAUUCUGUUAAAUCGUAUGCAGUGAAAAGAAUACCAUAUGUUACUCAACUGUAUCAAAUCAGUGAUGCCCAAAAAGAUGUGUUAAGCUCCAUAAAAACAGAAAUCUCCCCUGGCAAUGGGAGUGAUCCAGGAGGUGGGUGGGAAGUGCAAAGUGAAGUGGGAAAUGUAAAUGGUUCAAUCUACAAGGUAAUGAACAUUCCAAAGACUGAAAUGAAUAAGCUUAUCAAACGGGGUAAAGUGAAUGCUUUUGUAGGCUCAUCCCCUAUAAGUGCAAUGAAGAAAUUUGAUCAUUCAAUAACAUUGAGUAGAAUUCCUGGCCCACGGCCAAUAAAAGUGUCAACUGAUCCCGUUUCUGUCACAAUUCAAGAAAAGGCUCCAGCUACAGCAGUUAAAAGUGAAAUGAGUAUUGACAAUGUUACUCCAAUUCCUAAACCGGGCAAGAGAAGUGUGUCAGUUCCCUGUGUGCCAUCUUUAGUUAAUCAUAAUAUUUGUUUAGCUCCUGUAGGAAGUUCCCAAUCAUCAAGUAACACAUUCAACAGAAGUGAAAGCACUUUUCAUAUUGUACAACUUCCUGCAAAACGAAGAAAAGUUCAAAAUAAGAGUGGGCGUCGUAAACAAACAAUUUCAGAUUUUACAGGAUGCAAAGGGCGGACCUCUAGUUCUCCACCAAAAUGUCAUACACAGGAUAUGACAGCGCUGCAAGAAGUAUUUGACACUGUUGUAAAAAGUCCGGUUUUCAAUGAAAAUUCCAUUCAGCCAGAAUAUUAUGAGACUGAAUCAUCAUAUAAGUGUGCAAUGAUACCUACAAGUAACGAUUUGUUGGUACCGAAAAUUGAACCAGGAGUGUGUGCCAGAAGUAAUGGACCGGACCAUGCUGUGCCAUCAGUUUUACCUCAGAGCUAUCCAUCUAUUGAACAACACAAUGAUAUUGGAGAAAUGAAAAUGGUAUGGGAUCAUACUGCCCCCUGCCUAGAACCAGCACGUAAUUUCUUAUUUGAGGCUGAUCCUAGCCCAAGUAAUCAGCCUCCCAAACUUUUGCCUGAACAUUUCUCAGCAAGUCAGCCACCAAGGUUAAGCCCAGCUGUGCAACUCCAGCCAUAUCUUUCAAAACCUUCUGUUUUGUUGGAAGAAAUGCCUCGAGCCCAUCCACCACAAUUGAUACCAGAGCAACAAUCAUCAUCUUCUCUGUGGUCAAUUAAUCCCACAUCAGAAUUAAUGACAUCAAUUGACCAAGAUUUGAUUGCCGAACGUGUGUACAACAGUCAAUCAAGCAACAAUUUUCCUCAUUGUUCCUUGUGCAAUGUCAUCACUGGCAGAAAGUUUUGUUCUGGAGGUGCCUUGACAAAUGACUGGAAAACAAGCAGAUUGGUUAACAAGCCUAAGCCUGCAGUGAGCCCAGUCUGGUUUCCCAUACGCACUCCAUCUAAGGAAUCAUUGGGAUCAAAUGGGCAACAUUUAGAUGUGCAAAUUCUAAUAACCUGUCGUGAGUGCUACCUGACUGUGCAUUCAGGUUGCUAUGGCAUACAAGGGUUGCCAACAAAUGUUAAUGGCUGGAUGUGCGAGAAAUGUAGUGAGGGGAAGCAUAAAGAGCUCUGCUGUUUUUGCCCAACUCGAGGUGGAGCUAUGAGAAAGACAACAGAUGGUCGUUGGGUCCACAUAUUGUGUUACAUGUCUAUAUCUGGACAUGAACCUGGAGGAGUUAUUGAUAUAAGCAAUAUUACACCACGUCCUAGUUCUGGGAUCUGUGAAUAUUGUGGCCAAGAUGGAACAUACUCUGUAUCUUGUGUUCAGUCUCAAUGCCCAACAAGAUUUCAUGCCAGUUGUGGGGUGUCAAGAGGUGUUGAGUUUACAGUAAAUAAAUGGAAAUCAGCACCAAAGCUCGUUGCUAGGUGCCUUAAUCAUGCUGUUAAGGUUGGUGGAAUACAAGUUGGUCAUCAUGUUUGGGCAAAGCAUACAAAUGGACGUUACUACAGAGGAACUCUGACAAACAUAGAUGAAAUGAUGUUUUAUGUUGUUAUGUAUGAAGACAAAUCUUUCAGUGCAGAUGUUCGUCCUGAGGAUAUAUUGAAUUUUCCUUGCCUUCAAAAAGGUCCUCCAGAAGUGGGUGCACAUGUUGACGUUCUUUGUAACAAUGGUACUGAAACAUGUAGUGGAACAUUUCUGGGAACGGAUAUCAGAAUUAUGUUUACAGUUCAUUUUUCAGAUGGUUCUCAAUUAGUUCUGCAAAAAAGUGAAAUUUAUGAAAACGAUUCUCCAGAAGUGCAAACGCCUAUUCAAGUGGUGAGUGACUCUCCAUCAUUUGGUUAA